UAUAUAUAUAAAAUUAUUUAUGUGCAAACCGCACGAUUUCAAAAUGAGUCGUUAUAGUGUUCUGUUCGUUCUACUUUUCCACUUUAACGUAAUUUUUUGCCUAGACGAUGAUGGUCCGAUUAUUCAACUAGAAAAGGGUAAAAUUCAAGGGAUUAUUCGGAAGAGCGAAAGCGGAAAUAACUAUUACGCUUUUCAGGAGAUUCCUUACGCUGCUCCUCCCGUAGGAGCCAAUCGAUAUCAGCUCAUUAAAGAACCAGAGCCAUGGGAAGGGAUACUACCUACCAAAAAAAAUACCAAAAUUUGUUAUCAAGUAACUUCAAGACAUAAAGAUCUCGAAAUAAGCGAAGACUGCUUGUACAUGAAUAUUUAUUCACCCGACAUUUCCGGCAAAAAACUCCUACCGGUACUAUUGUGGGUCCACGGCGGUGGUUUCACAGCAGAAUCUUCCACUUUCGAAUACAGCGGCCCGAAAUACAUCAUGGAUCACGGGGUAGUAGUGGUUACAUUUAAUUACCGUUUGGGUCCUUUCGGUUUCAUUGGAACCGACGAUGGAGUCAUUCCGCUUAAUCUCGGAUUAAAAGACCAAAGAUUCGCGAUUGAAUGGGUCAGUAAAAAUGUACAUUUGUUCGGUGGUGACCCCAAGCAAGUGACUUUGGUCGGGGAAAGCGCUGGAUCGGUAGCUGUGGGGUACCACAUGAUAAGCCAGAAACCAGAAGAAGAUCUGUUUCGAGCUGCAAUAAUGCAAAGCGGUACGCCCGCUUCGGCACUCUUAAAGCAAAGCGAUUCCACUGAAAAUGCCUUCAAGCUGGGGCGUAAAAUUAAUAAAGGAUUUACAUCAGAUAACACGACUGAAUUGCUGCAAUUGCUCCAAAACGCUAAAGCUGAAGAUAUUUUAGCCACAAGCAUUACUGGAGCAGUUUCUGUCGAGAAAGAAGGCUUAUUCUCUCAUCUCGGUUACCAAGCAUUUAUAGAUAAGAAAUACAAGAAAAUUCCAGUAUUGAUUGGAUUUAAUUCAGAAGAAUGGCUCUUUUUAGCUGAGUAUGAAAACAAAACUCUAAUGAAGAGUAUCGAUAAUGACCCUACUUUACUCAUACCAAGUAGAGUUAAUAUACACAACGAUAUGAAACCUAAACUUGGAGAAUUUAUUAAGGAAAUUUACACUAAUAAUCAAUCCUUCGAAAAUUAUUAUGGAGGUUAUAUAAGGUACUCAACUGAUGAGCUGUUUAUUAUGGGGACAUGUAAACAAGUCGAAUUGAGUUGCGAGGAUACGCCAUAUUAUUUGUAUCAAUUCGCGUAUAAAGGAAAAUUAGGAGGAUCAAUCGAUUUGAUACCACCACCAGGAGCUGAAAGAGUUGCUCACGCAGAAGAUUUACACUACUUCUGGGAUGAUACAACCAAUGAAGACCUCUCCAAAUUUCCACUAGAAGACCAAUUAAUGUUACACAGAUAUACAAAGAUGUGGACCAAUUUCAUAAAAUAUUCCAACCCUACACCCGAAAAAGAUCCUCUUCUGCAGAACUUCACCUGGUUACCAUCAGAACCAAACACCCUCAGGUACAUGAAUAUCAAUUCUACGUUCGAAAUGCUCCAGCAUCCUAAAAAAUAUAAAGAAAUAAAGCAGGAAUUGGAAAAAUACAUUCUUCCGCCAUUUGAUAGUUAUUGGUAGGGAGACAAACGAUAGAAAUUUUAGAAUUCACAGUUUAAUAAAAAGAAUGAUACUUUAACAGAA